AAUAUGGCCUCACGCAUUUUAUCAUAUAGACCUUACCUAUACAGACGUUUACAGUGUCGUUGAUUAAAUAAUAUAAAUCAUUAUCAAAGUCUUAAAUAUAUUUUGAAUAUGUUGAGUUUUUUUAUCACAUGACAAUAUUUUAUCAUUGACUUCGUUAUAAAUAAGUGUCUCUAAUCAUAUUCGCAUUUGUGAUCAGUUUACAUUACAUCAAGUCAUAUUAGAUCGAAAAUUUAGUAGAUACAAUUUUUGCACUUUAUUCGUGAAUCUAAUAAUAUUGAAGAAAUAAACAACUACAAUAUGAACGUCGUUCCAGGAACAGCUUCCCUAUUAGGAGAACUUGACAAAAAACUAAUGGUUUUACUGAGGGAUGGUAGAACAUUAAUUGGAUACCUCAGAAGCGUUGAUCAAUUUGCUAAUAUAGUACUUCAUCGUACCAUUGAAAGAAUUCAUGUCGGUAAAGAAUAUGGAGAUAUUCCAAGAGGCAUAUUUAUUGUCAGAGGAGAGAAUGUUGUGCUACUAGGAGAAAUAGAUAGGGAAAAAGAAAAAGAUUUACCAUUAACAGAAGUAUCAGUGGAUGAUAUUCUAGAUGCGCAAAGAAGAGAACAAGAAUUGAAACAAGAUCAAAAGCGUUUAAUGAACAAAGCUUUGAAAGAGCGUGGUCUUUCAUAUAUUCCAGAUUUGGGUCACGAUGAUAUGUUCUGACCCACAUCUACAUCUCCAGGCACUACUUUGGAAUCAUCUCCCACAUCUUCACACAAUUCUGAGAACUAUGAUGUGUGUUGUACAUCCAUGUCUUUCUAUUAAAUACCAUUACAAAGAAUAUACAUGAUUCUGAAUAACAAAAAUGUAUCUAGGUAAGCAUUUUGAAAAAUAAGAAACAUGAUUAUCAACAUGAUUUUAGAUAUAUAUAUGUAUAUAUAUAUAUAUAUACACACAUAUACAUAUAAUCGACGAUAAUAAAAUAUCAUGCAUCAUUAUCAACUACAAUAUUAUAGGGAAUAAAGAUAGGAUUUAUAUAAUUAUAAGGCAUAUAAGCAAUUCUACAAUAUUGCAAUAGUCAUAUAAACAGUAUUUAUUUUUUCUAUAAUUCUUUAUUAAAAAAAGUGUUAAGAAAAUAGCCAUUGUUUAUUGAAAAUACUCUUGAUAUGAUGUAUUAAAAAUGUAUAAAAAAAGGAAGUUAAAAUAAUCUAUAUUGGAGGUUCUUCGGAUGUUAAUGAAAUAAAACUAAACAAAGUUUUUCAUUGUGGUAGAGAUACUUUACUUUCAAAUUCUACAACAAAUUUAUAUAUUACAUAUCUUAGAUAUGACAUAAAAAAAAAGCCAUGUCAUAUGUUUUACCCUGAUAUAAAAUAGUUACAUAUAUAUUUUCUGCACCCAGCAUAAUAAAAAUUUUCCUCUAUGAAUAAAUUGAAGGAACUAUCGAAAAAUUAGAAACACUUGUAAAAUUUCCAUGCCUUGUCAUUAACACUAAACUUAAUGUUAAUUACAUUCAUGGAUUUUAUGAGAUUUCACAAUUUUAAACAAGGAAAAUUAAAAGAAAGAAAUAUUCCUGAUAACUCACCAGGUUGCUUAUUAUUUAAAAAAAAAAAAAAAAGAAAAUAUAUAAUAUACGAUCAACAGUGUAAAACUUGACUAAAAAUCACGUUUACAUUUCAUUAAUGUCCAUACUGAGAUUCACAUUGAUUUGUACUUAUAUUUUAAGUAAUUUUAUUCCAAUUUAAAAUGAUGUCUCCUGAAACGUAUCCUUUACUUUUUUAGAAUUUAAUCUUGACUCACUUAUCUGUUUGUACUUAAAACUUUGACCACGUUCUGCUUUUAACACAUUUUUAUCCUUUAUAGAUCUUUUCGAGUCAUUACGUUGUAAACUAGUUCCCCGUUUUCUUGGGGAAACAGUUUCUUCAAUUUUUUCUGUCGAAUCAUUCGCGCUAUUUGUACUUCCAGAAGCUAUACCAGAUGUGUCAGAUUCUGGAUUGUUUCCAUCUAAACAACGAAGUAAACUACUAGAUAGUCCAUCUUCAUUUAAAAUAUUUAGGUCAGAUUCUGACUGCUCAAAAUCAUCAGUACGUGAAGUAAAACUAAGAUCAACAGGACUAGCAGUUAAUACGCUUCUUGAUAAUAAAUACUCCCUAAAUGUGCUUGUUAUUGACAUAGAGCUUUGUUGUGUCAUGGUACAACAAUCGUCUGCAAUUGAAGUACCCAAAUUGUGCUUUUGACAUAUUUCUUCUGUAAAAUUUUCUUUAUCAUCUAUGUCAACACCUUCCAUGUAAAUAAAUUCACCAUCUGCACUAUCUGGUUUACGUAAUUCCUCUAAAAUAGAAGAACAGCUCAUAUGAGCUAAAAGAUCGAUAUUUGAUCUACGCAAAUUAUUAGAAAUAUUAUGUUGUAUGGAACUGUCAUUCAUAUUGGCAAGAUUGCAAAGAUUCGACCCUGAUACCAUCAUUACGGGUUUACGAGAACGUGGAGUCAUCAUAGUUUCCUGUUAUUUAAAAAAUUAUAUUUAGUUAAUCAAUAAGAACGAAUAGAUGCAAUUAUUUUAUGUUAUAUAAACACAUGUAUAUAUUAUAGAACACAUAAAAAUAAAGAACAUGCAUACCUGCAUA